CGUCGAUGCACUCAAUUAUGCCAGAUCUGGCCACACUGGUUCAAUCUAUUCACUCUUCAGAGAUUUCGAAACUGUUAUUUGUUGAAGGUUGUACUGCUAGGAGUUACGCUCAUAAAGCAAUAACAUAAACUAAAGUUAUUGCGUUGCUUAAUGAUGGAUGACAUUUUCGUAGGAUAAUUGUUAAAUGGUUUGGUGAUACAUAUGUACCUAGUUCAUGUGUUGCUCUCAUUUGUGAUAACAUGUACAAAAUCAACAUCGUUUCCGACAUAAUUAUGAAUUCUUCCAGCGAUAUGGAUAGUCUAGACGAUAUAUGAUAACCUCGUUAGUAUGAAAUUACAUUGGAUCAAAUUUUAAAUGUUACAUGAAUUCUGUAGGUUUCAGUGAGAAACAAAAAAAUAUUCAAAAAACGAACCUGCUCAAUUGUACAGUUAAUAUGGAGGAAAUAGUGAAACUUGUACAGUUGUUGCAUCAAAAUGGAGAUAAAGUGUUGAGCGCAUCUUGCAAAUUAUCCUUAUCGACAGAGUUACUUUACAAUUUAAACGAAGCUUUUUCAUCGAUUAUCGACGAGCCGGAAGAUUUAGAAACUUCAUUUCAAGUGUGCAACAGUUCAAAAAUCAAUAUAUUUAGCGAUUUGAAAUUUUUAUAUGAUUUUAUACAAAAAACAGUCGGAUUGAAAGUAACUUAUUGCGUGGAUAAUCCUGAUAUCCCUGUUAACAUUACAAAGUUCAGACAUUUGAAAUAUCUGGAACUGAAGAAAAUUAAUAUUGAGCUUGUGAAAGGGCUGCAAGAGUUUACAAGUCAACUUGAAAGUAUUAUCUGCGUCGGUAGAAAAGGAAUUUCUUCAGUGAGUCAAUUAUUAGCUAGUUGCGGUGAAGGUGCUAGUAUUGGAUGUGUGUGGGACUCGUUGAAACAUUUAACAUUAUCUUAUAAUAGUCUGGAAAAAUUGGAUAAAUCUUUAGAGCUGGCACCUUGGCUACAAUUAAUAGAUUUGAGUCAUAACUUGAUAACAUCUGCGGACGAGUUAUCUUAUUUGCCAAAUUUGAAAUAUGUGAAUCUUGGAUACAAUAAGCUCGAGACAGUACCUACAUUUAAUAAGGCUGCCUCAUAUUCUUUACAAGUAUUAGUUUUGAAGAAUAAUUAUAUAGAAAAGUUAAAUGGCUUACAAAAUUUAAAAUGUUUAACGAAAUUAGAUUUAUCGUAUAACUGUUUGAUGGAACAUUCAACUCUGUGGGUUUUGGAAAAAAUGUCUACUUUGUUAUGCAUAUCUCUGGAAGGCAAUCCUUUAUCAUAUCACCUAAAACAUCGGCAGCUAUUUAUAAAGUAUUUGCAUCCAAGUUUAAAAGAUAGCAAGUUUGUUUUAGACCAUUUGCCACUUUCGAGGUCAGAGAAACAAAUUAUUGCAGGGAAUCGAUAUUAUGCGAUCAGAUCCGAAAAAUCCGCGUCAAGUGAAUUUUCCGUGUCUGUAUCAGAUUCGUUAAAUUCUAGUAGCCUUUCUGCAUCUAUGAGCACGUCUACUUUUAAUGAAUUUGUAGCAGAAAAAUCGAUGAAUAAUCUAGAAAGAAAUUUACCUAGAAGUAAGAAGAAAUUAUAUGUUAAAGAAGCUAUUAUCGCAGAAGAUGAACAAAAACAAAAAGAGUUGAAGGAAAAUUAUAGUGUUUGUAGCUCGUAUUCGGAAACUUCGAAAGAUCAUCUAGAGACGAAGAAACAAAUUUUGGCGUUACGAAACAAAUUUGGCGAGGAUGAAUGGUUAAACAAUUAUGCUGGAACAAUUGUUCAAGAUAUUACGGGGUUGCAAUCGUUACCGGAGUUUGAUAGUACAUACACUAUGCUAGAUACUCAAGAUUCUGAAAUUCGUUUCCUUAAGAAUGUAGAAACUGCGGCGAUAGAAGAUUCUGGAAGAUACUCAGUAACGGAAAAUAACGAAAGCAACGGUGCAAUGGGAGAACAGAUUGAAAUAUCAACGGAAGAACAAAAUGUCUCUGAAUCUCUAUCGUCUAACGAUACGACUAUUGCUCUUGUAAAUAUAUCUGAUCCUCCUUAUGAUCUGGAAGAAGAAAAAGGAGAUUUGUAUCUAGUUCACAAGAAGAAACAAGAUAGCGACGAAUUAGAAGAAUUAUUCUUGAUAAUAACACUAGAUGAUAUUAAGGAAAGAGAUUCCAUAACUGGGAAAUUGAAAUAUUGUUGGUCGACAAGUUCUGUGUUAUCGUGUGUGCGGGGUAGAAGCGAACCAGUUACGGUAGAUAUAAUUUUUGAUACAAAACGAGAAACCCGUCAAAACAGGAGAUAUUUUGUGAAUUCAGAUGAUGCAAAGAAAAUAGUAACGACAAUUAGCGAGAGGAUAAAGAAACGACCAAUAUCAUUAAAAGUUUUUAAAUGUAUGAAAUGUUCAACUCAUUUCUCCCAGGAUACGGAAUACGUUGCUGUCAUAAGUACAUCCGCAUCAGGUUUAAAACAAUUGAAAUGCCCCACUUGCGAGAGUACUUUAGUUAUAGAAACAGAUGAACUGUCAACAGUGGACCCAGAAAGUGAUGCUUCCGAAGGUUCAACGGAAUAUUCCUCUACGAAUCAAUACCCGGAAAAUACUACAAAAACUAAUUUGCAACAUUCUGAAUCUUUCUCCAGCAUUGGUGGAACGGAGGGUCGAGCUAUAUCCGUCACCACUUCUCUGGUGCACUCCGACUCUCACACUCAAGCUCAAGUCUGCUGUUCAGCGACAAGUUUAGACGAAUCGCGAGAGUCCACGCCCUCCACAAAUACGAAUAAAAAAUACGAAAGCGAUAUAGAAAUACUUAGCAACCCGAGCCAAAGUAGCAUCGAAGUUCUGGACGAUGCUUCGAGAACUCAUCCGAUACCGCCUAGAAAGCGCUCUUCGGAAGAGAAAUGCACCGCUGUUGUUCCAUCCCUUUUAACGAUACCAGACGUAGCACCAAUUAUGACUGGUUUAACCGAGAGUAGCUCUUCAGGCUCUUUAACAGAUAGUAUAUGUACCGCGUAUGAAAAUAAAAUAAUUAGGCAAAUUAAUGCGGACGAAAAGUCCCUUAACAGUAGUAACGAUAAAGAGAUCAAAGUCUCAUCUGUAACAAACUUAACUUCUAUACUAGGUGGUUUACUUCAGAGUAUAAAAAUCGGCAGUAAUAAGCCAUUAACGUUAAACGAGGAAGAAGCACCGCAUUUUUGUGGCAGCAAUAUUUCAUACUCUUACACAGAUUUUAGCAGUAUAGAUCAUAGAAUAAAGUUACAUAUCGUUUUGAACAUAUUCGAACACGAAAACGAGGAACUUAUUUUUCUCCUUAGGGCGGACAUUCUUAUGCAUAAUACGAAAGAAGCAUUUCCUGGUUGCUUGGUUUUGUCUACAUUAACAGUUUACGUUCUUAAAAUCGAUGGAUUGGAAGGAGAGGAUCCACAACGUUGGCUGCAUAAGGAAAUCAGUUGGACAAUAGACAGAUUAAGAUCGUUUGCGCCAUUGCCGUAUAAACAAGGCAUUUUGAUUGAAUUAGAACAAUCGAACAAAUUGAGCCAAGAACUACAGCCUGUUAUUACAUUUUUAUGCAUCUUACAAGACUUUCAGAGAACAUAUAAUUUUUUAUUUUAUACUACUGAAUUGUCACUACCACCUAGUUGCAAGGUUGAAUUUACAGUACCAGAACACUGUACUUCUUUGAUGCAUACGUUAUUAAAAGAUUGCACGAAUUUUCAAGAAGGCGAUACUGUAAGAUUACUUGCAUUAUUUUCUUCCGCCUUACUAAAAUAUCAAGGCCUCGAAGUGCAACUGAAAUUAUCUAGUUUAAUUGUAACUGCAUCCGUGUUGGUGAUAUGUAAUAUACAAUGGCUCUUACCAGGCAACAAAGAAGCGCCGCAAAUAAUAAGGAAACAACCUAUGAGCAAUUUAAUCGGAAUAGAACAUUACAGAUCGUCAUUGACCUUAAACUUUUUAGACGAGGUGGAAGAACAAAAGGAUUCGUGGAUCUUAAAUUUCAUUUCUGUGAACGCUGCCGAGACGGUCAUUAAUUCUAUACAACCACCAUGGGAGGAACUGUUUUCGAUCCCUUUGCAGAUUACAACUUGUAAAACGGAAACUACUUGAGAAGUGUAAAACGAGUUUUAAUACGCCUAAAUGAAUAUUCUAGUCCUAGUCGAACGAAAUACACCAGGUGAACAUCAAAUUUUUUAGAAUAAAUCGAUACAGUUUUUGAUAUUACACAAUUUGUAUCUUGCACGAGCUAAUGAUAUUAUUAUUCUUUUUUUUUUAAUCUAUAAUUUAAUAAGUAAAUAGAAAUGAAUAAAUGUUGAGAACAACGUAACAUUUAAUUAAUGAAAAUAUAUAUGCAAUUAGGUAUAAGAUAACAAAACGUUAUAUCGUAAAACAACUGAUAUUUUUUUCAAUUUUAUAAUCUGUAUUUUUCUAUUGUUCGUUAACUUAUAAAUUGUUAGUAAAUAUGGUGUAAAACAAAUACAAAAAAACAGUUAUAUGGCGUGUGGGCGAAUAAUAUUUUUUAGAUUUUGAAAAUAUCAGUUGUCUCAUCAAUUUACAUUUACUAUAACUUUUAAACUUUCCUGAUAUUUUUGUAAAAUGUUAUGGCACGUUUCUUUUGAUUAUUUGUAACGCUUCGUAUUAGUCAUUGAAACAUGUUAAAUUUUAAACGGUGCUAUUAAUGCUAAGGUACUGCAUCUCAAAAUGUUUAUUACUGAAAGUAACUUUUUUAUACGACUAAUUUAUUACACUCUUCAAAUAAUCGAAUGCUUAACGGCAUUGUCAAUGUUGUUUAUUUAUUAUUUUGAUAUGAAUGUUGUAUUAUAAUCUAUUCAAUAUUAAUCUAUUUUACAGCAAGAACGUUCAUUUUACUUUCAGCAGUUUUGGUUAAAUAAUAUCGCGAAUAUUAUUGCAAGUAAUCGUGUGUUUUUAUAUUGCAAAGAAAGAAUUAUAUAAAUUUGUUCAAUUUAUGUUUGCACAUUUUACAAAGAUAUGUAAAUAAAACUAAUAAGAUAUUGCUUAAAACAGUCACGGUAAAUACAAUCUUUAUAACAUGUUCAUGCACGUGUACAGUUCAUGCAUAUUUCUAUUUGCGUAAUAUAAAUAGUAUAAUGUUUAUAAGAAAAAAUUACAUACUGAACAAUAGUCGAACAUCGCUAUCAGUCUGUGAUAUAUAUUUUUUAAUUUUUACUAUGUAAGUAUGUUGAUAUGUAUAUGUACGUUGUAAAGUUGUAUAAUAUAUCUGUUUAUAACAAACCAAACAAAUGUAAGUGGCAAUUUACGGUAAUUUCAUCGAAACUAUUAACGCUUCAACUUGAAUUUUGAAACUAAAUCUCUGUUAAGACUUUAUUUAUUCCAUUAAAUACAGGUGACGUGAACGUACGCGACUUAGGGUUCUCUGCCAAGAUAUGAGGAAGGGUGAAAAAGAGUUUUCCAAGUAUUUCAUAUCUCUUUAAAAGUAUUAAAAGUAGCAUAAAUGAAUACAUUUGAUAGAAAAAUUGAUUUCUGCUACCAGGGAUCCCCUUCGAAUUUUUGGUGCCACAUUGAAUGUGUUGUAAAAACUAAGCAACCAAGUUACUUCUUUCUAUUAUUUAAACUAGCAAAGAUAUUAAAGGGGAUUGUUUUUAAUGAGAUGCUCCGUAUUAUUUAUCAAUUAAUAUUUACAAAUCUUGAGA